GCAGCUGGAAAUCAGGGUGUUGGGAUGAUCAAUGUAGGGGUGGGCAUAAAUAUGGUUCAGAAGGAGUGAAUUUUUUAUUUAACACUGUGGGCCGCACCCAAACUGAAAUUUCCAGAAUAACCUUAUAGGCCUAGACAGUUUAUGCUGUCUUAAUAAUAAAGUAUUAUUACAGAUGAUCAAUGUCGGGCAGUUAAAAACAAUUAUUUUAUAUCAGAGUCAAAGGUGGUUGUCGGCUCGCCGCAUGUUGGCCGCAGUCCUCGUUUGUCCACCUGUGCUGGUUAUCUCUAUUUUACUCUAUUCAUAUAUCAACAGGACACAAAUCUCCACACACACACCAACAUAUGGUUUCCCCUUGCAUGUGCAGAUGUCACACCAUCCUCCCAUAAGAUUUGGUCACACAUUCUCCAUCGUCGUUGGAUGGGUGUGACACCACACCCAUCCAAUAGGAUGGCAAUGGAGUAGCCAGUACUGUAUUCACACAUAUCACCACUAGCCUCCCUUUCCUAGUUCUAGCCCAGCCUAGUACAUUAUUAAACCGUCUAUUCAAUAAUAUGUUUGUAUAUUUGCAUACUGUGCUGUGUAAAUUUCAUACGGUUCCGGUGAGGCAAUAUGUUAGUAAUGUAACCUGGCCCUAAAUCCGGCCCAGGUAAGAAAGAAGCGUUUUUAGGCCGGCUGUACACACCGGAAAGCCCUGCACACACCGCGUCAAUUCAGCGCGUUCGUCCCCUCUCUCCCACUGAGCUGCUGGUUUGUCACUCGCGCAUAUGGAAACCUGGAUGAUGUCCUAGUAGGAAUCAUACUGCAGCUAAAUUAGCAUGAUUCAAGAACUUUUAGAAAAAGGUGGAGGAAAGCAGGAUAUGUACCUUACAGACCUUGUAUCCAUGGUGAUUGCAGAUACAGAGGAAAAUGAUCACCCAGAGAUCAGUGAAGCAAAGCACUUGUUUGACCUUCCGGUUGUUACGCCUCGAUGGGUGUUGAUGUCCUUACGAUGUGGAACAAAGCUACCAACUUCAGCUUUCUCACCUGAAAUCAAUCAGCUUUUUACAGGUGUUGUGGCCACACCAUCAAAGGUAUCCAAGGAAGAUAUGAACAUGCUGUGGGCGAUGAUAACAUUUUACGGGGGUCAGUGCCAAUUGGAAUUUAACAAACUUACCACGCAUCUUAUUGUGCCAAAGCCAGAAGGGAAGAAGUAUGAUUGUGCACUAGAGCAUACAGAUGUAAAUAUCAUUAUGCCUGAUUGGGUGACGGACUGUAUAAACAAUAAAAAGAUAAUGGAAGAAGAGGUCUAUCAUCCUAGACUUCUCCUUGAAAAAACGGACGAACCCGAGGAAGCAGUGGAGGUAAAUGAAGAGGAGGUGGUUACACCGGUGGUUGUAGCCGAGAAGAAAGGGCCAUCAUAUCACAUAUCAAAGCCGUGGAACAUUGAAAAACUUGAACCCCUUGAGCCCGAAAAGAAACCAAAAACCAAAGCAAAAUCAAAGACAAAGACCGAACGUAAGAAGAUUGGUCCCAUUAAGUCUCCUAGAACUGCUACUGCAAGCACCAACAGUGCAGUUCCCCGCUUGCUACGUAACAUCACAAACAAUGGAGGUUUCAUGCCAGGGUCCAUACAAGAUCCGGAUCCAAGGCAGUUGGCUGAGGUUCUGAGUAAGAUAGGUGGACAGCAUUUGGUGCAUCAAAGUUUUAAUCCUGCAGUUUCAUUAGGUCAGCAAGCUACACAAAUUCAUUUCUUUGGGCAUGACCCAAGUAUAACUUUAACUUCUGAAAACUGUCUUCUUGGAUGUAUCUUCCUUGUAAUAGAGUAUCCAGAACUAAUCGGAAAGGAAUAUACAGAAACAUGGAAAAAGGUUAUCCGUGAGCAUGGUGGAAUUGUAGAUGAGUGCUAUUCUGAUCGUAUCACUCAUAUUUUGUGUGACACACAAACAACAGACAUCUUCAAAUUGGCUGAGAAGGAUGGCAAGCGUUGUGUAACCGCUAACUGGUUGAAUGAUUGCUUAAAUCUGAAGAAAAUGCUGCCACCGUGGAAAGCAAUACAUUUCCCUGUAUACUCGUACCCUUUGCCGACUAAUGUGUGUAAAGAUCAGGUGGUGGCUGUUACUGGUUUUGAAGGCAAAGACCGAAUCGAUGUGAAGACGAUGUUAGAGGUUGUAGGAGCUAAAUAUACAGGAUUCUUCAGUAGGACAAACACUCUUCUUAUUUGCAACCGACUGGAAGGGGCAAAGUUCGUAAAGGCGCGCGAGUGGCGCAUACCUAUUGUAAACCUCCAAUGGCUGAGCGACUUGUUCCUAGGACGUAUGAACGGUGUCCGCAGUUAUUCGUCACCACGAUAUCAACAGUAUGAAAUGGAUGAUCCUUUUAGGAUAGACUCAUACCUGAAUAUUGCCUUAAUGCAACCUUGGACAAUCCCAGUAAGAAUUUCUCCAACAGCACAAAAGAACCUUGUUAUUAGCAAGGAACAAGCAUCACAAGGAGAUAAACGGAAAUAUGAAGCCAACAGCCCUGUAGGUUUAGCAGCCAAGAAACAAAGAACAAUGAAUCAGGGAGACGAUUGGGAUGGUGUGAUCACUUUAGACCCUCACAGAGUGCCACCUAGGGUCCUUUUCACCGGGAUUGACUUAAAGGUAGUCAAUGAAUUAUCGAGGAAGUUGGAGAGGCUUGGUGGUCAGUUGGCGGAGUCAAUCCAGAAGUGUACUCAUCUCAUUGCAGCCAAAGCGACAAGGACAGUUAAAUUCUUGUCUGGAAUAUCGAUCUGUGAUCAUAUAAUUACACCUGCAUGGGUGGAAGAAAGCUACAAAAGUCGAUAUAUUUUAGAUGAAGCAAAUUUUGUCCUGAUUGAUAAAGAUGCUGAAGGAGUAUUCCAUUUUAAUUUGAGGGAAUCAAUGAGGAAAUCAAAACUUCGUAAGCUGUUUCAAAACAUGAUAUUCUACCUUACACCUGGGGUCAAACCUGGAAUUGAUAUGAUGCGUGACAUCAUAGAGAGCGGAGGUGGACGAGUACUUCACAGCCGGCCAUCCCUUAAAAGUAUAAUGGUGAUUCGUAAAAACAUUGCCGCAUUUGCAUUCAUCGUCAUAACCUGUGAAAAUGAUUUGCCAGCCUGCAGAGACCUGUUCACUGAAAAGAUAGAGGUUCAUAAUGCAGAGUUCAUUUUAUCAGGAGUACUGAAGCAACAGUUAGACUUUGUGUCAUAUAAAUUUCAAGGCAAUAUAUAAUGAACCAUGACUUCGAGACCUUUGACAUCAAGGAUGUGAUUGACCUGAAUGAUGCAAUACCCUUGCACUGAUCCGAGACGACUGCCAUAGUUGUGAUUUUGUAACACAACUUUUGAUGCAAAAAUAUUUCCAACUUGUUUAAUUUUUAUAUCCUUAAAUGAUGUUCAUUAAAAGUUUUAAAUAGAUGAAAGUAUCUUGAUACAAAUGACCAUGUUAAUUUUUUUUUUUUUUUAAUUGCCAAGUUGUUUUAAUACAUAUAAGUAAUUUUUCUCACUGAAAUUCAAUCAAAAUAUUUCAAUAUUUUCCUACACCAAUACAUUUAUGGUGGCCUCUAUAAUAAUAAAAAUAUAUUUAAAUCUCCAGUUUGCUGGAAUUUUCAAAAAAAAAAAAUAAAUAAAAAGCACAUGUUUUUUAUGUAUAUUGUGUAUAUAUAGUUGUUUAUUAUGUAAAUUGUUAAUAAAUUCUUUAUCAUGUUUGUACAUUGUAAA